CUUUGAAUUUGACUUUGACUUUAAGUUAAAGUUAUUGUAGUAUACAAAAAUACAAAAGCACUUUAAAAAUAUUAUUUUAAUUCAACAGAAAAUAAAGGAAUUUCUGUGGUUGGUCGGAUUGCAUUUUUGUCAUUUAUUUUGGGAAAAACCUAAUUGAAAUACUAAAUUAACUUCAAUUCACUGUCAUUAAAAUAAACAUGGUGUGCGACGGACCAGAUCCACCCGAAAAUUCUCCAAAUAAUUUGACCCCACCUCCCAGACAUGAGCUUAUAAAUGGCAACAAUGAAGAGAGUGAUGAUGAGCAGUCUGAAUACUUCGGUUACGAGCCGCUACCACAAGGUCCUGAUGGUGCCAUCAUUGAUAUUGAUGAUAGAGACGAAGAUACAGAGGGAAUAUAUGCUGAGGAUCAGGAAGUACCUUCACAAGAUGUGCCUGCAAUAGAGCCCAUAGAAAAUGUGCUUGUUAGAGAAGUUUGGAGCACCCCUAGAUCUACAGAUUCAAUACAAAUGGAUAAUGAAAGAGCACAAGAGGUUAUGUCAGCGAUGGCUAACUUUGCAUUACCAGAAGCAUCAAUACCAGAGUGGGCACAGAGUAUAUCAGAAGAACAAUGGAAACAAACUCUUAAUGAUAGGUUAGAGAGAUUAAGGAAUAAUAGUUAAAUUGCUACAUAUAGAUUUUUUUAAUUAGGCAGAUUGAUUCUAUGGAUUUUAAUAUUUUAUUCUAACUUUCUACAGUUAAAAUACUUGUAUAACAUAAUAUUGCCAGCACUUACAUUCUCUUCAAACAGACAUGUUUUAAUGUAAGGUUUAUAAAAAAAUAAUUUUACAUUAAAAUUUAACAGGAUGUCUCAAAAGGUUAUGUACAUA